GAGAAGUGUGAGGCCGGGUGUUCCCAGAAGCGGACCUAUGAGAACCUGGCCUACGAGCCUGGGAGUCAGAGUGAGCUCUACCCCCAACCUAAGGCCCUCUCCCGGGCUGUUUUCCAGCUCUCUGGCCUCACCCCCAAGUCCUCCAUCCAGGCCAUCGAGAGCCACGUUGCUAGCCUGAAGGGAGUGGUGUCUGUCAACUUCUCUGUGGCCAGUGGCCUGGCUCAGGUGGACUAUAACGCAUCAUCUGUCUCUACCAGGGAGUUAUCUCUGGAGAUCCAGGCCAUGGGCUACGGCGUCGUGGAUGUGGCUGGGGAAGAGGUGACUAAGAUCGGGGAGACGGAGGCCACAGAGUCCCUGACGAGGAUCGGGGUGAAGGGUAGACAUCCAGUCUGUGUGCGCUCCAUCGAGGGACGGAUAGGGACUCUGCCUGGAGUUCUGCACAUCAUGUCUCUGAGCGAUCAAGAGGCAGUAGUACGAUUUCAGCCCCACACAGUGACAUCUGAGGAGGUAAAGGAACAGAUUGAGAACAUGGGAUUUGGUGCGACUCUUACGAACAAAGACACAAGUAUAGAUUGUGGGCAAGGGGAGACACAUGCGUCAUCCUCCAUCUUGGAUUCAUUGACUCAGACGUCUGUCAUUGGGAUUGUAGGGAUGACCUGUAAUUCAUGUGUCCAAUCCAUAGAGGGGAAGAUCUCUGAGAUGACUGGGGUGUGUUCUAUAGCGGUGUCAUUAAAGGAGGAACAGGGAACCGACCUUGACCCCAGUCUGACUCAGCCAGAGGAAUUAAGGGCAGCCAUUGAAGACAUGGGAUUUGAUGCUUCACUCAUAGAAUCUGGUUCUGCAGAAACUCUACCAACCCUUCCCCUUCAAAGACCAAAGACUCCCCUUUCCCCCCACUCCCCCAGAAUGGCUCACAGUAGCUCUGGCUCUACCAAGACUUCCAUUAACGGUAGCUCUGGCUCUACCAAGACUUCCAUUAACGGUAGCUCUGGCUCUACCAAGAUGGCCACUGCCGGUGAGGAGGGGAAGGUUCAGAAGUGCUUCAUCCGUGUGACAGGCAUGACCUGUGCCUCCUGUGUGGCCAACAUUGAGAGGAACUUAGUCAAACACAGAGGUGUCAUCUCAGUGCUGGUUGCCCUCAUGGCUGGUAAGGCGGAGGUGAAGUAUGACCCUGGUAUUGUUGAUGCCAAUCGGAUAACACAGCUCAUAGAGGGUCUAGGCUUCGGUGCCACACUGAUAGAGGACAAUGCUGUUAUGGAUGGGAAACUGGACCUCUCUGUAACUGGGAUGACAUGUGCGUCGUGUGUCCAUACAUUGAGCCAACUCACUAGUACCAAAGGGAUUCUAGAAGCCUCAGUUGCACUGGCAACCAACAAAGCCCAGAUCAAGUGACCAGAAGUGCUUGGAGCUCGUGACAUCAUCAGAAUGAUUGAGGGGCUAGGCUUUGGGGCGUCUCUAAUGAAAGCUGAAGGCUUUGGGAACAACCUGGAUCAUGGGGAAGAGAUUCAACAGUGGAAGAACUCGUUCCUGUUCAGUCUGGUGUUUGGGGUGCCAGUGAUGGGCUUGAUGAUCUACAUGAUGGUGAUGGACAGUCAGCACGGGGAACACGGUGGCUCUAUGCCCGGGGAGCAGAACCUUCUCCCAGGCCUCUCCCUCCUCAACCUGGCCUUCUUCCUGCUCUGUACACCUGUCCAGAUCUUUGGGGGUCGUUAUUUCUACAUCCAGGCGUACCGCUCGUUGAGACACCGCACGGCUAACAUGGACGUCCUCAUCGUCCUGGCAACCUCCAUCGCCUACAUCUACUCAGUUGUGGUCCUCAUCGUGGCGAUGGCAGAGAGAGCCAAUCAGAGCCCUGUCACCUUCUUUGACACCCCGCCCAUGCUCUUCGUCUUCAUCGCCCUGGGCCGGUGGCUGGAGCACAUAGCAAAGAGCAAGACAUCUGAAGCAUUGGCCAAGCUGAUGUCACUGCAGGCUACUGCCACUGUGGUCACGUUAGGUCCUGACCACUCCAUCCUCAGUGAGGAGCAGGUGCCGGUGGAGCUGGUCCAGAGAGGAGACAUAGUGAAGGUGGUGCGGGGAAAGUUCCCUGUGGACGGGAAGGUGAUCGAGGGAAGCUCCAUGGCAGAUGAGUCUCUGUGGUCAGGUGAGCCCAUGCCUGUGAGUAAGAAGCGCGGCAGUUCAGUGAUAGCUGCCAUCAACGCCCACGGAUCUCUACUGGUGCAGGCCACCCACGUAGGAGCAGACACCAUCUGUCAGAUAGUCAAACUAGUGGAGGAGGCACAGACAUCCAAGGCUCCCAUCCAGCAGUUUGCAGACAGACUGAGUGGCUACUUUGUACCCUUCAUAGUCAUUYCCUCAGUGCUAACACUGCUGGUCUGGCUGGUGAUCGGCUUUGUCAACUUCCACGUUGUGAAGGAGUACUUUCCUGGUUACGAUGAGAACAUCCCCAAGACAGAUGUUAUUGUCCGCUUCGCCUUCCAGGCCUCCAUCACAGUCCUGUCCAUCGCCUGCCCCUGCUCUCUGGGCCUGGCGACCCCGACAGCUGUCAUGGUGGGCACGGGGGUCGGAGCCCAGAACGGCAUCCUCAUCAAGGGAGGCGAACCGCUGGAGAUGGCCCACAAGAUCGGUGCGGUGAUGUUUGAUAAGACGGGCACCAUCACUAACGGCGUCCCGCGGGUGACGAGGGUGUUGGUGCUGUGGGAGAGGGCACGGCUGCCCCUGCGUAAGGUCCUGGCACUGGUGGGCACAGCGGAGMCCAGCAGUGAACACCCACUGGGGAUGGCUGUGGCCAAGCACUGCAAAGAGGAGCUGGAGACAGAUGCUCUGGGUUUCUGUAAGGACUUCCAGUCAGUGCCAGGCUGUGGGAUCAGCUGUAAGGUGUCUAACAUUGAGGAGGUACUGCUGGAGGGUGACCAGGACUCCUGUCAUACCCAGGUCACACUGCAGGGGCCACGACUGAUGAGAGCAGCCUGGUCGGCGAUACUGUGUCAGUGUCAG